CAGGCCCUCCCCUCCCUCCGCUCCCUCCCUCCCUGCCUGCCUGCCUUCUGCUGCUGCGUCGCCCUUGCUUUUCCCCAGCAAAGAUGGAAGUCGUCAAUCAGCUUGUAGCCGUUGGGCAGUUCCGGGUCUUCAAGGAGCCUCUGGGCUUUGUGAAGUUGCUAGAAUGGUUCUUUUCCAUCUUUGCAUUUGCAACAUGUGGCAGCUACACUGGAGAAUUUUGCCUGAGUGUCGAAUGCCCCAACAAGAAUGAAAGUGAUCUCAGUAUAGAGGUGGAGUUUUCAUAUCCCUUCCGGCUCCACCAGGUGUACUUUGAUGCUCCAGCUUGUAAAGGGACUGAACAGGAGAAGGUUUUCUUGAUUGGAGACUAUUCGUCUUCGGCCGAAUUUUUCGUUACCAUCGCAGUCUUUGCCUUCCUGUACUCCCUAGCUGCCAUUGUUGUCUACAUCUUCAUGCAGGACAAGUACAGGGAGAACAACAAGGGCCCCAUGAUUGAUUUUGUGGUGACAGCUGUUUUCACCUUCAUGUGGCUGGUGAGCUCCUGUGCUUGGGCCAAGGGGCUUUCAGAUGUCAAGGAGGCCACUGACCCCGACAAUGUGAUUAAGAGUGUGACCGCCUGUGAAGAAUCAAGCGUGAAGUGCAAGGAGAUACGGGAGCCCAUCACCUCUGGCCUCAACACCUCUGUGGUUUUUGGCUUCCUGAACUUGGUGCUUUGGUUGGGGAACAUGUGGUUCGUGUUUAAAGAGACCGGUUGGAGUACACCCUUCAUGAAGUACCCACCUGCACAGGAGAAGCCACCGGCACCUGAGGCCUAUGGUGAUUCCUACAACCAAGCCCCAGGCUAUGGACAGCAAGACACGUAUGGGCAGCAGGGUGGCUACCAACCUGAUUACAGCCAGCAGGGCUAUGGCCAGCAGGGAGAAUAUGGCCAGCAAGGUGGCUAUGUCCAAGGCGGGCCCACUUCCUUUGCAAACCAGAUGUAGGCGGGACCCUCACCCCCAGUAAGUGGCGCUGUGAGGAGGAAGCCGCCAUCUUGUCCCUGCCCCCCAUGUCUCCUUGUGCAGGGGAAAGGGGGGGCUGGUGGGUGCUCGCGCUGGGAGGGGGCUGGCGGGGUACCCCCCUCCCAGAAUGAAUGUAGAUGUUCGUGCUGUUUAUAUAUAUAUAUAAAUAUAUAUUAUAUAUAUAUGAGAAACUACAACUAGAGAUAGAGACUGCCCCCUCUCCCACUGCCCCAUUGCUCAUGCCCACACACAAGCACACACACACACAUACACUACCCGUCAUUUACCCCCACCUUGGGACAGCUCCUUAACCCCUCACUUGUCCUUGAAUUCUGCCUUCCCCUAGGGCCUGCCAUCCAAGAUCCUCACCAUGGGCUAUACACUCUCCCCUCUGACCCCUAUCAAUGGCCCUCCUUGUACCUUUUGGAUCCCACACCCUCCCACUUGACCGUAUGGAAGGCACUGCAUGACUCUCAUGCCAUCAUCCCAAUACAUGGCAAACCCAUCUCCAUCUCCCCUCUGCAUGCCCAGAUGAAAGCGAGAUGGUCCUAGGGGGAGGGGGGUCUGAGGUUGGAGGUGGGGGGCUCUUUGGAUGCUGUCUUGAGGGUCCAAAAUCCAGGCAGUUCAGGGUUUCAGUGGGAUUGGGGAUCAAUUCUCUAUCUGGCACUUGAAUUCAUAUUCUUUAGACACACUUCUGUUCCAGGCCCGCCCAGCCCCAAAACAAUGUAAGGGUCAGGAUAGAAGGUGGUGUAAAUCUGGGGGUGUUACUCUUCCGCUCCCCCAAAUUGAAGAUUGGGGGUGCCAGUUAUUGUUCUGAAGGGGUGCGUGUCUAUUUGUUUCUGCAGAAGAGUUUAUUCUAGUAGGGAGGGAAAAAGACAAUUGGGGUGUGGAAUUGCUCCUAGUGAGCUCUCUAUCUAUUAUUCAGGGGGCCAGAGCCCCAUUUAUUGCCCCUAAUACCAGCAUGUAUGCCAUGAUGAUCAGUCCAUCUGGGGCCCACAGUUCAGGGGUGGGGUGGGGACUGAGGGGGAGACGCCAUCCCUUUCCCCUCAUGCUUUCUCUAAACCACCUUCCCCAUUCUUCUGUCACUUUAAGUCUUUCAUUUUUAUUUUUCUGAGGCUUCACAUUCAAAGUAUGUAGAGAAUCAGAAUCAGAAUCAUAGAGUUGGAAGGGCCCUCAAAAGGAAUCUAGUUCAACCUUCUGCUCAAUGCAGGAUCUCAAGCUAAAGCAUCCCUAGCAGGUAGUUGUCCAGUCUCCUUUAGAAGAUGUCCAUACAAAGAGACCCACCACCUCUCCAGGGAAUUGGCUUCACUGCCAAAUAGCAAGUACAUUUCUAAAACCAUUCUCACUGUCAAGAAGUUCCUUCUGAUUUUCAGUCAAAAUCUACUCUCCUGUAACUUCAAACCAUAAGUCCUGGUCCUACCAUGGGGGGCCAUUUUAAUAGGAGUUCAUUCUGACACCUUGUAUCCACCUCAUUGUCCUCACAAUCGGAGUUGUAAAAGUCAGCACUAGGCAUGGAGGAACAUCUUGAUCCAGUCCGUUUCUGAAAAGGAUUCUGCCAAACUGUACAGCUCUAUCUAUGCUCAGGAUGGACAGAAUGUGAGAACUGAAAAAAAGAAAAGAAAGAAAAUCAAAGGACAGAGAAAUCAGAACUGACCAUUUGUCCAUCCACUCAUAUGGCUUUGAGAUUGGGUUUAUUUACUUACUUAUUUGUUUUUAUUGUAUUCAUUUCUAUCCUGCCUUUCUCCCGCUACAGGGACUCAAGGCGGCUAACAACAUGUUUAAAAGAACACAAAAGCUUUAAAAAGUAUAAAUCUAAGGUUUUAAAAUACAAGCAAUUUAUGAAGUUAAAAACAUUAAACAUUAAAAAUAUUCAAGUGUAUUAAAAUACUAUAUACAAAUCUUACAAUCCAGAUUGUGCAGUAUUUAAAAGCCCAACCUUUGUCAAUUUGUAAAGCUUGACAAAAGCAAAAAUGUUUUCCUUUUCUGCCAGCGGAAGGAGAGCAAAGGCGGAGCCAUCUUAGCCUCUCUGGGGAGGGAGUCCCAAAGUCUGGGAGCAGCCACAAAGAAGGCCCUCUCCCUUGUUCCCACCAAACAGACUUGAGAAAAUGGUGGGACAAAAAGAAGGGCCUCUCUAGAGGAUCGGAGAACUCUAUUGGGCUCAUAAAGGGAGAUAUGGUCCUUCAGAUAACCAUAUUUGAAAUUCUCUGUAUUCAGCAAUACUUGUGGUGCUGAUCUGAGAUCACUACCUCUUCUCCCCCUCUGGGUACAACAUAGUCUUAUGUUGGGAAUAGUGAAACUUAUUGACUUUGGUCAAUACGGAUGUGUGAGAAUUUACUUUCAGUUGACUUUUUGAUAAGAAUUUCCCAAAAUGUAUCAAUUACUUCAUUUUCCAAGAGAAAACAAGAAAGAGUCAUCUAGCUCCUUAAAAGAUCAUAUAACAUGAACAUUCAUGAAAUAUUGCCAUCUUCAGCAGAUGAAUGAUUUCAGUACAUAUAGUUUAAACAUGAUGAGAGAUGUGCAUAUAGAUAGUGAAGUCAGAGGGAAAUUACAUACAGAAAGUAUUGGCAGUUGUAGUCAUUGUAAUUUCUUCAUAUUUGGGACUGGGAAAGUCUAGAAUUCUGGAAAAACCAGUGAAAUAGGCUGGUGUAUCCAUCCCUAGUGUACAAUCCUUUAGUUCCUGGUUAUCCAUAGGUUGGUUCACACACACACACCAUCUCCACACACCUUUUGCAUUUUGAGAGAUGUGUGAGGCAAUCUUCAGAGAUUAAAGACAUUACAUUUUGGACAACAACUCCCAGAAUCCCCCAGCCGGCAGCAAGGGAGCUGCCCCAGAAGAAAAAUAAUGCCCAGGCUCUGGCAAGAACUUGAAGGAAAUGUCAAUGUUAGAUCCCCACAGGAGAUCUGACCUGAGCUAUCAUUUGUGGUUCAAAGAUGUUGAGGCUCACUGCGGAGGCAAAAAUUUGUGCUAUCAGCGCCUCCAGAGUUUUCACAAGAUUGUAAGCCUGCUGCUGGUAAGACACACAUUUGCACAUACUCCUAGAGAAGGCCCAUAGAUAAUCUAGGUAGAGGAGGGUGUCUAAUCUACCACAAACAUGAUCCGUAAAAAACAGUGUGAAGGCGCUAUUAACACAGAUCGGGUGUGACAUCUUGUAUUAGGUAUCAAGGUGUCACCUUUAGCCACAGCUUGGACAAGUUACUUUUUGGAAUGCAGUUUCCAGAAUCUCCUAGCCAGCAUGAUACUGGAAGUUAUAGCUCAAAAAAUAACUUUUCCAGACUGUGCCCUUAGCACAUUAGAAACCGGUAGGGUCUGGGUUUGCUUCUUAAGUAAAUGUGCUGAGGAUGAAAAUAAUGUUAACAUCUCUUUCUCUUCCCACUCCUUCCCAUGUCUAAUUCAUUUUUAAAUGCUCCAUCCUUUUACCAUUUCUCCCCCUGCUUCUCCCCAUAUCACUUUCUUUUUCACAUUUUUAUUAGCUCUCUUUAGCUUCCCACUCACCUAUCCUUUUCUCUGGCCCUUCCCAAAAUUCCUGCUCCUCUACUCUCAAUCUAUAACCUGUGGCCUCCAAAGAGACCGGUUUUUAAUCCCAGCCAAAGCUUCCCCCCAGCCCUCUCCCUCACAUCUGCCCCACAGCCCUUCCCCAUCUACCCCAGUGGCACUCUGACUAUAUAUUACUCAGUGUCUGUGUAUCUGAUCGUGCCGUAAUUGUGCGUUUCGGUUUGUCCGGCUCUUUGCCCCGGUCGAUAUCGUGUGAUUUUUUCUUCCAUCUUUAAAUGACAAAAAAAUAAUAAUACCAACAACGACAGCAACAGCAAAA